AUGAGCGUUUUCAAGAAAUUAAAAGGAUCGUUUCAGACUGCUCAACAAGACAUAGUCGAUGGUAUCCGGGCAUUAACUUCAACAGACAGUCAGUCCCGCAAUGUCAGCUCCAAGCAGAUAAAUCUUGAUGCUGGUGCAGAUUUACUUUAUAGGUUUCAAACUAACUGGUCUUUGAUUUAUCAUGGGACUAGUGAAUCUGCACAGAGUGCUGAGGAAGUGGCAGGUUUAUUGACUUCAGUGUUAACAGUCUGGGAUAAGUAUGCAGAGUCCGUUACAAAUUUUGAACAAGAAACCAGAAAAGUCUCUGGUGUUUUUGCUACACUGGCACAGCUGCAUGCAUUGCUUGAUGGUCUUCAGCAAGACUUCCUUAUUGCUGAGAAACAGUUGAAUAUGCUGGAAGACAUCUGUGAGGAGCAAGAUUUCAGGAACAGGUGUUUGAAAGAACAGAAGAGUCUUGCCGUGUACAAAGCAAAGAAGGAAUCAGAAGUGGAAAAACUCAAAGUUGAUUUUGCACAAUUGCAUGCCAGAAAGAUGGCGGAGAUUGAGUCAGUGAAGAAAAUGAACCUCCAGGAGAGAGCUGAGGCUUUUAUGUCUGCCUUCCAGGAGGAUGUAAAUUACUACCACACACAUGGACAUCAUGACCGGCUACCUGUAAAGACAUUCUUGGUCCCUAGUUUAAGUAAAAUUGAGCUUGAUCAAGACAGCCAAGCCCUCGACUCCUUUCUUGGAGCAAAUGGUGGAUCAAAUGAACCAGGCAAUCUGGAGUCAUCUGGUGAAGGCGUCUACUUUGAAGAUGACUACAUCACAGACUACUCUGUCAAAGAGGACGUCGAUUUUUUAGAGGAGUCUGGAUACAACAGCUCAUCAGUCAUUAGGGAGAUGGAGUUGGAGGAUUCCUUCUAUGAAAAGACCCACGGUUACGAUAACGAAUGUCCUCACGAUGAAGUCACGGAUGGCCUUGAGAGGGUUGAUGAUAAUGUGUGUGAUAUAUCCCAGACAAGAAAUGAUAAUGACCCGUCUUUCAAAGAUAAUAAAAAUAAUGAGGAAAUCAUAGAAUGA